AUGAUGGACUCUACAGGUGACUUAGCAUUGUGGGUUGGUAAACGUCAAGUAAGCAUUGACAUCUAUGUUGAUUGGUGUAAUAAUUCAUUGGGACCGUUUUUUGAUCUUGACAUGGACAAUGUAUGGAAUCGUAGUAUGGUCCCAUUAAUAACAUGGGAAAUAACUGAUUGUAAUCAUAGUGCUGAAGACGAUCCAGGAAUAACGAAAAAAAUUAAUAACAAUACUUUUGAUCCAUAUAUUAAUCAAUUUGGUGAUCGUCUGAAAAAAUGGUUGGCUGGUCCUGAUGGCAUAUAUGGAACCUACGACGAUAGGCGUGCAUUUGUGCGACUAGGUAUGGAAUUUAAUGACAUAGCACAGGCUGAAAAAGGUAAUGCAAAAGAACCUGAUAAUAGUUCAAUAAAAAAAAGUAAAAUAAAUGAUAAUACAACCAAUAUGCAUGGCAUAUGUCAUGAUUACUGGAAACCAACAAUACCAUCCUAUUCUGAGAUGAAUACAAGAAUUAGAGGUAUUUUUACUAUACAACCGUUUGCCAAUGGGAAAUAUGAACCUGAUCAAAGCGAAAAUUUAGAAAAACACCAAGAAUCUACGUAUCAUAAAAUAACUGUACAAAUUUUAUCAUUUAAAUUAGCAAAUUAUAAUGAUAUUCAAGCAUUAUUAAAACAUUCACAGUUACCAUUAAUUCAAUCUAGUGAUAUACGAUGGUUAUCAUAUUCUCAUACUAUUAAUGCUGUUAUUCGUUGUUAUGAACGAUUAAUAGUACCAUUUCAAUUUGAAUCAACUGUAUUUAAUAUAAUCAAACAACAGUGCCCUAAUGAUUUUAAUAAUGACUUAUUCACUGAAUGGAAAAUAUUUCGCAAAUAUUUAUCUACACAGCAAGGACAACAAACAUCUACAAUUUAA